AUUAUUAUUUACUGGAAUACUUAAGUCGAAUUUCUGUACACUAAAAAUCAUUGUAUGUUUGUUUUGAUAUAGUAUUAUUUAUCCUUUGUACAUACAUGUGAAAACAAUAUAAUAAUUGUUACAUAGCAUAUGUUUUUAAAUAAAUAACAACUUUGUAGUACGAACAUGAUUAGUUUCAUAUGUUGUAAGCCUGAACUGCAUUUCUAUAAACAUAUUUUGAACGUGGCUUUUGACGUCUUGUAUGCUACAUGAACGAUGUGUGGAAAGAAGUACGCAUGAAUUACGGUGUCAAAUAAAUUGAAGCUUAGGCAAAAAUGGAAGGACACGAAGAAGAUGAUUUAGAAGAUUUAAAUUCAACUAUUUGUACACUUCCGCCAAAUGUACAAAAUGUAAUUGAACAGGUUCUACCUAGUACGGAUCCAUUGGACCAACCAAAUUUUAAUGUAGUAGAUUACAUAAAUUCAUUGUUCCCGACAGAACAAUCUUUGUCGAACAUAGAUGACGUGGUGAAUAAUAUGGAAUUAAAAAUACGUAAUAUUGACAAGGAGAUCCGUUCUGUAGUAAGGGGUCAAACAAAUGUAGGUCAAGAUGGUAGAGCAGCAUUAGAAAAUGCGCAGAAAGUCAUAAAACAAUUAUUUGUACAUAUCAAAGAUAUAAAGGAUAAAGCAGAACAGUCUGAAGAAGUAGUUAAGGAAAUAACAAGGGAUAUUAAGCAAAUGGAUUUUGCGAAAAGAAAUCUUACUGCCUCUAUAACUGCUUUAAAUCAUCUUCACAUGCUUGUAGAGGGUGUAGAUACUUUAAAAGUAUUAACACAAAAGAAACAAUAUGGGGAAAUUAUUUUGCCAUUACAAGCUGUAAUGGAAGUAAUGCAACAUUUUAAUAGUUAUAUGGAUAUUCCUCAAGUGAAACAGUUAUCUGACGAAGUACGUCAAAUACAUGUUGAACUAGCUCAACAAAUUACAGCAGAUUUUAAGCAAGCGUUUUCUGGUCAAAACCCAAAAUAUUUUAAUCAGUUAACAGAGGGCUGUUUAGUGCUGUCCAUAUUAGAUCCAAAAGUCAAGAAGGAUUUGCUUACAUGGUUUGUGGGUAUACAAUUGCAAGAAUAUGCCCAUCUGUUUGAUGAGAAUCAAGACUUUGCAUGGUUGGAUAAAAUCGAUCGGCGAUAUGCAUGGAUAAAAAAGCAUUUACUUGACUUCGAAUCAAAAUUUGGGACAAUCUUUCCACAAGAUUGGGAAAUUUCAGAACGAAUCGCUGUACAAUUUUGUCAUGUUACACGAGAAAAUCUGACAAAAUUAAUGCAUAAAAGACGUUCUGAGAUAGAUGUGAAAUUAUUACUGAAUGCAAUUCAACGAACUAGUAACUUUGAAUCGUUAUUAGCAAAACGAUUUAGCGGCAUUACUUUGGAAAGUUCUGAAACAACAAACAAAAAAAGUACUGCUAGUACAGAUACUACAGAUAAAGUUCCAGGCAAUCCUUUCGAAGAAAAUGAGCAGGUACAUAAUGAAAAACCAAAACCAUCGCCGUUUUCCAAUCUCAUUGGAACCUGUUUCGAACCAUAUUUAAGUAUUUAUAUAGAAAGUUUAGAUCGUAAUUUAUCAGAUUUAAUGGAAAAAUUUGUAUCGGAUUCUAAAACACAACCACCAGGUGCUAGAGAAUUUGAUGGUAUUGAGGGACCCAGUAGUGUCCUAUCCUCAUGUGCAGAUUUGUUUGUAUUUUAUAAAAAAUGCAUGUUGCAAUGUACACAACUUAGUACAGGUGCAAUAAUGUUGAGUUUGUCUGAAACCUUUCAAAAAUAUUUACGUGAAUAUGCUCUUAAAAUACUUCAAAAUAAUUUACCUAAAAUUGGAGGUAGUGUAGGACUUGCCACGAGUAUGAGUAGUAUAACCCGUGACUUCAGAGAUCUCUCAACAUCUGGUUUUAUACAAAAUUUUCAAAGUUUUUUGAAAGAAGGCGAAAGUACUAGAUUCAGUAAAGAAGAGCAGUCACGUAUAUGCUGCAUAUUAACAACAGCUGAAUACUGCUUAGAAACAACACAGCAAUUAGAAGAAAAAUUACGUGAAAAAACAGAUAAAUGUUAUGCUGAAAAAAUUAAUUUAUCUCAAGAGCAAGACAUUUUUCACAAUGUUAUAUCAAACUGUAUUCAAUUACUGGUUCAAGACCUAGAAUCGGCAUGUGAAUCUGCAUUAACUGCAAUGACAAAGGUUCAAUGGAGUGCCAUUGAAGUUGUUGGAGAUCAAAGCAAUUAUGUUAAUACCAUUGUGGCACAUCUUCGACAAACGAUACCUACUAUUAGAGAUAGAUUAUCUUCUUGCAGAAAAUAUUUUACACAACUCUGUGUAAAAUUUGCAAGCUCAUUUAUAGUAAAGUUAGUACAACAAUUAUAUAAAUGCAAACCUUUAAAUACUGUGGGUGCUGAACAAUUAUUGUUAGAUGUACACAUGUUAAAAACUGCUCUCUUGGAUCUUCCAUUAACUGGUUAUCAAAUUGUAAGGAAGGCACCAGCGACGUAUACUAAGGUAGUAGUAAAAGGCAUGGCAAGUGUUGAAAUGAUUCUCAAAAUCGUAAUGUCUCCAAUUGAAUCUCCAAAAGAUUUUGUAAAACAAUGUAGAAUGCGUUUACCGGAUCUCCAGGCGCCAGAGUUUCAAAAAAUUUUAGAUAUGAAAGGUUUAAAGAAAACAGAACAAGUCCUAUUAUUGGAACAGUUUAAGCAACCUGAAAAUGUGACAAUCUCCCAUGACACCAAAAGUCAUAUUGUUCAAGAUAGUCCAGAACACGAGGCUGGACGAAUAAAAAGACUAGAAAAACUAAUAAAGAAAAGAAUAUGAACAUUUUUCAUAGUAAAACUGAUAUUACAUUGUAUAUACUGAAUUGAAAUAUACCUAUAUAAAA